UUUUUUUUUUCAACCUGUAGUUUUAGUGUUCCUUAGUUUGGGAGCAAGAGUAGUUAAGUGAGUAUUGCAUUUUUUUUGUAUUGCAAAUCGUUCUAUUAUUGAAAACGUAUUAAUAGUUUGGACUUUUAUUUUGAAAAGUCGGCCAUGUUGAAAUGUUCGUAUUGUCGCUGGCAACACACACAGCCAGACCUCAGUCAUGCAUUUGACAGUUUCGAAUCGUCAGGUGACAAAGAGACUUUUAGGGGCUAUUUCCUGUCCUGCGGUAUUUCUCUGCAAUUGUCUUUUUCAAUAUUUAUUCACGUGCCGCGUGUGUGUAUCACCUGUGCGUAGCUGAAGAGAUAUGGGCAGGAGAGGGGAGCCAUGGUAAUCAUCAAUUCAGCCCUCAAACUCCUGCAGCGACAGACUUAUACAUGUCUGUCCCAUCGCUAUGGACUCUACCUCUGCUUCGGGGGAAUAGUUCUUAUGAUCGUAUCUGCCUUUCAGUUCGGAGAGGUGGUCGUUGAAUGGAGCAGAGACCAGUACCAUGUACUCUUCGAUUCCUACCGGGACAAUGUGGCAGGGAGAUCUUUCCAGACCAGGCUGUGUCUGCCCAUGCCCAUCGAUGUGGUGUACACCUGGGUGAACGGCACCGACGUCGACCUCCUGCGGAACCUGAAGGGCGUGAGGGAACGACUGGAGGAGGAGCAGAGAGAGCUGAGGGAACGCCUGGGGAAGAACGCCAGCGAACCGACGGAGGUGCCGAAGGAAGGGGAGCGUCUGGAGUGUCUGCUGUCCCACUGCAUCAUGGCCCCUGUGCUGGUGCUGGACCCGGCGCUGCCCCCCAACGUCACGCUGAAGGAGCUGCCCGCCCUCUCGCCCGCGCUCUCCUCCGCCAAACAGCUGCUGCCGGUGGCCAAACCACUCCACCCCUCCACCACUGUGUCUGUGCUCAUCUUUCACUCCCAGGGCGAUGUGGAUAAGGCAUACGCAGACGUGCCAAAGGACAUCCCCAAACACUCCGUCUCCAGGGGAUACCUGACGACUGAUAAGGAGGCCCCUGGUCUGGUGCGCAUGCAGACGCUGGCCUACAUGAGUGGCUUCCCAGCCUCCUUUAAAGAGACGGAGCAGCUCCGCGUCAAGCUGCCUUCUGUCGUCACCAGCAAGAUCAAACAGCUCCAGCUCUACUCGGAGGCCAGUAUCGCGCUGCUGCAUCUGAACGGCGCUCAGGACUUCAGUGAUCUGACCCAGCAGGCCAAGAAGAACCUCACCCUGGACGGAAAGGAGCUCACCAUCAGCCCCGCGUACCUGUUCUGGGACCUCAGCGCCAUCACGCAGUCCAAGCAGGAUGAGGACGUCUCGGCGAGCCGCUUCGAGGACAACGAGGAGCUCCGCUAUUCGCUGCGCUCCGUGGAGAGACACGCCCCCUGGGUGCGGCACAUCUUCAUCGUGACCAAUGGGCAGAUCCCGUCCUGGCUCAACCUGGAUAAUCCCCGCAUCUCUGUGGUUACGCACCAGGACAUCUUCCAGAACCAGAGCCACCUGCCCACCUUCAGUUCUCCCGCCAUCGAGACACACAUCCACCGCAUCCCAGGCCUAUCGCAGAAGUUCAUCUACCUGAACGACGACGUCAUGUUCGGGAAGGACGUCUGGCCGGACGACUUCUACAGCCACUCCAAAGGACAGAAGGUGUACCUCACCUGGCCUGUGCCUAACUGUGCCGAGGGCUGCCCCGGCUCCUGGAUCAAAGAUGGCUACUGCGACAAAGCCUGCAACAACUCAGCGUGCGACUGGGACGGAGGGGACUGUCUGGGAACGGGUGGCAGCAGCAGGUUUGGUGCUGGUGUGCCGGUGGGGCCGGGUGGCGGGGGCGGCGGUGUGGCCUGGCAGUUCGCCGGUGGUUUGGGUGGCAUCGGCGGCAUCACCUUCUGCAACCAGGGCUGUGCCAACUCCUGGCUGGCAGACAAGUUCUGUGACCAGGCCUGCAACGUGCUGUCCUGCGGCUAUGACGUGGGAGACUGCGGAGAAGAUCACUUUGAUGAGCUGUAUCAUGUGAAGCUCGUCAGGAACCAGACACACUACACACUUCCCCAGGGGGAGAUCCGACCCUACUUCAGCUUCUCUGGGCUGGCUCAGCGUGCCACAGAUGCGCAGGUGGGUGAAAAUGUGGUGGUGCGGCACACCAGCGUGGCCAACAAGUGGAAGACCGUCCACCUGCUGCUCUUCCCCGGCCACAACGCCACUCAGGUCCACUACAACAUCACCUUCCAGACCUCCGACGACGGCCACUUCGCCAUGGCCUUCUCCGUCUCCGUGGACACCCGCGAGAUCCCCCACGCCAACACUUCUGAGAGCGCCCACGGCGACGAGAAGGCCAAGGAGGGGAAACCCACCACCCUGACGCCUGACCCCAAGGUGCAGUUUUCAGACAUCCCAGAGGACAAACGGGGUCCUAAAAUCAGGAAGAAUACAGCCGAGGAUGCAGAGGUGGCCAUGGAGGUGCCUGCGCUUAAUAUCUCCCUCUUGCCAGUAGAUGUUCAAUAUGAGCUCCACCUCCUGCAAGAGAAGCUGGACACGGGUGACAUCACUAUGAAGGGUUAUAACCUCACUAAGUCAACUCUCCUGGCUCCAUUCAAGGAUCAGCCUCAGUACUCUGUCCAUAGCAACGGCAUCCCAGCUGCUCAGUCUGAUUUGAAACAUCCGAAGAAACCUUACAAAGACAUGGACACGGAGGUCAGAGAUGGUAAAGAGGACAAGAAAGAUGAGCGGGAGGAGGAGGAGAAGAAAGAGAGAGUGAGGAGAGACGAACGAGCAGCACAUCAUCUUGAGGGAGGAGGGGAAAAGGAGGAAAAUCCGGAGAAGAAAACCGAAGAGGUGGCGAAAGUGAAGACCCCUCAGGUGACUCUGGUUCCGAUUCCAAUCGACGACAAGCCUCCAAGCCGUUUAGUGGAAGGCCAUCGGUUGCACACAGAGAAACCACCGGCAUCUAAACUUCUCGACACCCUGGUGGGGAACAUUGUCAAAGGCCAGAUCUCAGAGGAUCAAUCCCUGCCUGGUGCUCCUCCUCUGGGGAAGGAGACCGGGAGUGACCAGGGACCCCCCAUCGGCAGGAAGCUCCAGCACUUCGUCAACUCCGACCGAGGCUUCCUGCCGUGGGAGAGGAGGAAGUACUUCCAGGACCUGCUCGAGGAAGGGGAACGUCUAGAGGCGGAGAUGGAGUACGCUUCAAACAGUGCUGCCAUUGGCCGGAAGCUGCAGGACACCUUCGCUGAUUCGCUGCGCUACGUCAACAGGCUCCUGAAUGGCCAGUUCGGCUUUACGUCACGCAAAGUGCCCGCCCACAUGCCACACAUGAUCGACCGGCUCAUCAUGCAGGAGCUCCAGGACGUCUUCCCUAAGGAGUUUGAUAAGACGUCCCUUCACCGCGUGCGCCACCCCGAGGACAUGCAGUUCGCCUUCACCUAUUUCUACUUCCUGAUGAGCGCGCUGCAGCACCUGAACGUGUCGCAGGUGUUCGACGAGAUCGACACGGACCACUCCGGCGUGCUGUCCGACCGCGAGAUCCGCACCCUGGCCACACGCAUCCACGAGCUGCCCCUCAGCCUGCAGGACCUGACGGGUCUGGAGCAGAUGCUGAUUAACUGCUCUAAGAGCCUCCCCACCAACCUGACAGGCCUCCACCAGGUCAGCCCCACCCAGGAGGCCUACUACGACGCCAGCAUGCCUCCAGUCACCAAAGGCCUGGUGAUUAACUGCAAGCCCAUCACAGAGCGCAUCCACAAGGCCUUCAGGGACCAGAACAAGUACAAGUUUGAGAUCAUGGGCGAGGAGGAGAUUGCCUUUAAAAUGGUGCGCACUAAUGUGUCCCAUGUGGUGGGCCAGCUGGACGACAUCAGGAAGAACCCAAGGAAGUUCAUCUGUCUGAAUGACAACAUUGACCACAGCCACAAGGACGCGGGGACCGUGAAGGCGGUCCUGAGAGACUUCUAUGAGUCCAUGUUCCCGCUGCCCUCCCAGUUCGAGCUGCCCAGGGAGUACCGCAACCGCUUCCUCCACAUGCGCGAGCUCACGGAAUGGCGUGUGUACAGGGACAAGCUGAAGUUCUGGACACACUGUGUGCUGGUGACACUGGUGGCCUUCACUGUCAUGUCUUUCUUUGCUGAACAGCUGAUCCUCCUGAAGAGGCGGAUCUUCCCCAGACGUCGGGUCAGCAAAGAAACCACCUCUGAGCGCGUGUGAGGCGGCGCAGGAGGAGAAGUGGAGCACUUCUCCCUUUUCAUCUCUCCUUUCAAUCCUCCCUCCCUCCCUCUCUCUAUCUGUCUCCCUCUCUCCUUCUUUAAUGAGAGAUGGAUUAGCUGGAUGGGGCAGGAGCAGGGUUUCUGGACAGAGACCCACGGCGAGUUGAAAGAAACGGGGACUUCAAUGGGCUUUCUCCCAGCCCUGAAACUUAAAGCUGGACACGGUGAACUACGCAGGUGUAAUUGUGGAAGACAGGGUGUGCCUGGACAACUGUGAUGCUGCAGGAGGAAAAAACUGAAUCCACAACUGGAGAAAUCUUGACAUCAAAAGUGGUAACCAGGACUUUGUGAGACACUACAACUCCAGUCCACUAGGGGGCAACAAUGAAACUUUCUAUUAUGACUCCAGUGAGCAAUACACGCUCACUCACGCCUGCUUAGUUGGUCUGUUGUUUCUUGAUACGAUUUUGACUCAAUUUUUUAUGUCCAAUUCAACUCAAACUCGAGAGAUAAACACUGGACACUGCAACAGCAUCUUGUGAACCUUUAGUUUCAUAUCCGGAAAGAUACUGACAACUGAACCCUAUCCUUGUGAAUGAGUCUUUGGGUUUCUGCCUCUGUUUUUAAGGCCUUGGAUAGAUGAUUUAUUAGUUUAAAUACAAAGAGCUGUGAGAGAACAGCCUUGUCAGCCACUGCAACUAGAGGGUACCGUUUUAUUUGUUUGUUAAUUUUUUUUGUUUGUUCUUUUAGACAUGGGGUUUGUUUUGGCUUUUGCUUAAGCCUCUCCUUUUCUUCUCAACAUUCCAGAUGAAGUGCCUUUUUUUGUAGACGGAGAGAGACUACGGCCAGUGCGCUUUCUCUCCCCCUCGUGUUGUGCUGAUUUGCCUGGAUCUUGUACAUGUGAUCAUACUGAAGACCCUGCCUGCUUUGUCCUGGUUUGUUUGAACAGGAACCGUGAGCACAACUCAAAUGCCAGGCUUGAGGAGGUCAGGCCUGCCUCAAAUCCACACUUUGAAAAAAAGCACACUAUUUGAAUGUUCUAGACAGAAAAGAAAUAUUAGCAUUGUGUCCCCUUCCUGAUUGCAGUGAUGUCAUAAACCAUUACCAUAGCGUUUCCCCUGGUUAUUACAACAUAUCAUGACACGGUACAGGGAUACAUGCCCAACAUGUUAAGAUCACAUCUAUUUCAGAUGCUUUGGAAAUGUGAGUUUCCUUGCAGGCCAGGGUGUGAACAGCUUUUCUAAAUCUGCAUGUUUUUAAAGAGUGAGGCUUACCAAGAAGCUGUUUGUAAGCGUGUGUGUGUGUGUGUGUGUGUGUGUGUGUGUGUGUGUGUGAGAGAGAGAGAAGGUGAGCAGGUGAUAACACAAGGCUUGUGUCUGAAAUUCAGAUCUCUACAGCAUGCGACUGAUCAGUAAUGUCUGAUUGUUCUGUGGAAAUAAGUUAACUUAAUUGCAUUAAUUAAAAUGGAUGCCACACUUUCUGUUUGACACAUAGACUGUAUUCAACUGAUUGCAUUGACCACAGAAAUGUCCAUAUCCUUGUACUGGCAAAGGGUCGCACAAGUUGGGUAAAUAAAGUUGUUUGCCAAUCCGUUUUAAA